AUGCUGCAAGAUUAUUCUGACACUGCAACCUCUCUUGGAAACGAAGACACAUUCGUCAGGUAUGAAAUGACAGCCAACAAAGUCGAUAAUGCUGUCCUCUCCAAUAGGCGAAAGAAGAGGAAGAAAUCGUCAGUCAAGAAGCUACAGAAAGGAAGGGAAACUGGACGAAUCCGCUUGAAGAAACUUCAACAACAUUUGGUAGCCAGUGAAGCCAGAUCUGCUGCAAUCAUGUCCACCUUCAACAAGCCAAAGAUGGUUUCCUUCAUAGGAAACUGGCAUCGCAAUACUCAGUACCUCCGUGGCCACAGCACUCGAAGUAUGAAGCCGUACAUGUCAACGCUGUCCACAAGAAGCACAGUCAGAUUGGUGGACGAAUACAAUUCUACUGCUCUUGUUUCAAGGAGACACAGAAACAACUGGCUGGUUAAACAAACUACCAUGAAUCGUGAUGAGCAAGGAGCGAGUAACAUUGCCCUCAUUGGUUUUUCGGCACUGGUCUCACUUGACAACAAGGUGUUGCCUCCUUUCAGUCGAGUUCAAAAUCCUGAUAAGUACGUCUUAUCCCCUACUUAUUCACAUGUCUUUGCACGCCAGACUGGCAAUGUGAGGACACCCGCUUAG